GUUUGGACUUCGCAAUGAAAGGCUGAGUUAGAAUUAGAAUUAGAGAAGUACAGUAGAUAAUGUGUGGCCCUUGAUGGGACCAGUGAUGAUAAUAAAAUUAAUGUCAAUGCCAGCAACAUAGAGUAGAAUACCGUAGAGACUGACAUGACUGAAAGGUGACAUGUCAAUUCCAGAUACCGUAACAAGAGAUGAGAAUCAGAAGAGGCCAUCUGCUCCUGAUGGAGGCUGGGGCUGGAUGGUUGUCCUGGGUUGUGCUUUGGUCCAUGUGCUAAUUACUGGAUUAGCCACCUCAUAUGGUCUGAUUUAUCAAUACCUGAUUGAGAGAUUUGGAGGAAGUGCUGCACUUACCGCAUCAAUACAUGGAGUCUCUAGUGCUCUCCGGUUUGGGCUAGGGCCUGUGGCAAGCACAGCAGUCAAUCGCAUCUCUACUCGUAAAGUUGUGAUUAUUGGUUCCUUUGUUGUCUCCGUUGGCGUCAUCCUUUGUGCGUUUCCUCCAAAUGUCGAGUACAUGUUUUUGACAUGGACCGUCCUUGUUGGUGGCGGAGGCUGUUUCGUUAUCAUUCCAAGUAUCAUCCAUGUUGGUCUCCACUUCAACAAGAGGAGGGCAGUCGCCAACGGAAUCUCGACAGCAGGUGCUGGAGUUGGACAAUUUGUAUUUCCUCUGGUCUUUGUAUUUCUACAGGAAAACUACGGGUAUUUUGGUGCAAUGCUGAUUAUGGGAGGGCUCUCACUCAAUCUGGUAGUGGCGGGAGUAUUAUAUCGACCUUUGGAGAACAAGGAAGUGGCGGUUGAAGAAAAGACUGUUUUUUUGCCAAAUGCUUCCGAUGAUUCAAAUACUGCUCAAUCUGUUACCUGUGAUAAGGAUCUAGUGGACGAAGGUGGUGAAAGUAAUCUGAUAGAGGCUUCUCAAAUUGACAGCCAAAAAACUACAAGUCUUCUUGAAAAUACUCUUAGUUUACAUAAAAACGAUGAAGCUCAGAAUUUUAUCAGUCAAUCUGAUUCUGAAAACAUUUACAAAAGUGACAGUGAUCUGGAGACAACAGCCAAUUGUGGAAAUGAUCUCAAAACUACUGAGCUUUGCUCAAAUGAAAUAGACAGUGAUAUAGAAAUUUCAAAGACAUGUAGGUCUAGCAGUGAUGUGAAAAAUAGUCCUAGUGACAGCAAGGAGCAAAAUUUUAAAAUCAGUUGCAGUUCUUCUAAUGAGGGUGAUAGUCAUUCUAACCGCUGCACCAAAGUGUGCUGCAGUUCAAAAUCUAAGUCAGGAAAGAAAAUUGUGGACUUCAGGCUCCUUAAAGAACCAUCUUUCUUUUUCUUUUCACUCUGCCUAGCCUUUUGUACCAUGGGUUAUAUGCUGAUCAGGACGUUCAUACCAGCCCUAGUUGAGUCGCGAGGUCACCCAAAAGCGUUAUCUGCCCAGUUGUUGGCAUACUCCGGAGGAGCAGACAUGUGUGGCCGAUUAAGUGCUGGAUUCUUUUUUGAUAUGAAAAGAAUCCGACCAGUUAGACGUUACUUAUAUAAUGCUCUACCCUUCAUUAUUAGUAUAAUUGUGGGAGUAUUCCCAUCAGCUCAGGAACCCGGAGAAUACAUAUGUAUUUCUAUCUUAUUUGGAUUCUUCAUCGGAACAUAUGUUGCUCAAAGGCCGUCUAUUCUUGCUGAUCUUGUUGGAAAUGACAGGUUUUCAGAUGCUCUUGGACUGGCAAUGUUCUUCAAUGGAGGCGGCCUUCUGAUUGGUCCAUCAGUUGGAGGUGCGCUACGUGAUAUGACAGGAUACUACGACCCAGCCUACUACUUUGGUUCUUGUUGUCUUGCUGUGGGAGGCUCCAUCUUUCUCUGUCAAAACAUCAUGUUCAUUCGUCAGCAAAGGAGAAUGAUGGAACUGCCUUCAGUGAAGGAUGCUGUUACAGAAGUUAGCGUAUGAUGACCACAUGUGUGUAAACAUAGUAUUUUAAGUGAAAAGCUAUUGCGCCAUGUGGGCACAAUGUCCCAAGGAAAUUUCAUCUUUGUUUGAGUUGGAUAUUUUGUCAGUAUGUGUAGAUGAUUGUUAUAAUGAUUGUAUUAGUUUCUGGAAUCAAAUUCUAAUCUCAGUUGUGAUAGCGUGAUAAAAUUGUUGAAUACAAUGUAAUGUUUGUGUUGAUUCCUUAGUG